AAAGGAGAGAUAUUCACACCUCAGAAGCCUUAUCCUUCUUUUCAAUCAAACCCACAAAUACCACAGAUUCCGAUAGCCAUGGAUUGCUGUGCCUCUCGCGGCUGCAGUGUCCCCACCGGGCCCGCCACCACCAUCUGCUCCUCCGACAAAUCCUGCCGCUGUGGAGUCUGCCUGCCCAGCACCUGCCCACACACAGUUUGGUUACUGGAGCCCACCUGCUGUGACAACUGUCCCCCACCCUGCUACAUUCCUCAGCCCUGCGUGCCCACCUGCUUCCUGCUCAACUCCUGCCAGCCAACUCCAGGGCUGGAGACCCUCAACCUCACCACCUUCACUCAGCCCUGCUGUGAGCCCUGCCUCCCAAGAGGCUGCUAAUGGAAGGCUACUUUGCUCAGUGCCUGAGAUUGAAAAAGUCAACAUAGAAGCUUUAGCGUUCACCUAUCUCAGUACCUACAACUAAUGUACUCUGC